GCUAUAGUAGCCAGCAAUCAAUAGCAUUAUAAAACACUGAGGUAACCGGAAAACAGUUUAUUCACUUGCGAGCCCUGAUAAACUCUCCCUGUCUGUUUCCCAGUUCUCAUUGCGCCCUGCCUCCGGGUCAGUCUGUUAGUAAACUAGAUUAACACUGCGACCCACUUUUUUUUUAAAGAAGCCGCCGUUCUCUGCGACUCCACCUCUAUCACGCCAUCCCUCGGGAGUUUGGUAUGUGUGACCCGUCGCUUGGUUACAUUUAAUCCACCCCGUAACCGAAAUUGUGAAGUCCUUCCUCUCUCUAAACGUUUCGGUGAUUCCGCACCACAGCCGCUCCGGACAUGUCCGCAUCCAGCCAGUGCAGGUACAAAUAUGAGGCAUACAAAGAGACAGCAGACUGGCUGCUGACUCACACAAAUAUCCGGCCAACAGUAGCUAUUAUCUGUGGAUCAGGUCUUGGUGGCUUGUCAGACCUGCUGAACAACAGGAUUGUGUUUCCUUAUAAGGACAUCCCACAUUUCCCACACAGUACAGUAGCAGGACAUGCAGGUCACCUGGUGUUUGGGGAGCUGAAAGGAAAGCAAUGUGUUUGCAUGCAAGGCCGCUUUCACUUCUACGAGGGCUAUGACACUGCCAUGGUCACAUACCCAGUACGUGUCUUCUUUCUUCUUGGAGUUGAGACUUUGAUUGUCACAAAUGCUGCAGGAGGGUUAAACUCCAAUUUUAAGUUGGGAGACAUUAUGAUCAUCAAGGACCACAUCAAUAUUCCUGGAUUUGCAGGUCAGAAUCCUCUGUGUGGCCCAAAUGAUGAGAGGUUUGGCGUACGCUUUCCCUGCAUGUCAGAUGCAUAUGAUAAAGGCUUGGCCCAGCUGGCCAGGCAGAUAGCAGAGGAGCAGGGCUGUGCUAAUUUCCUACAACAGGGAGUCUACUGUAUGUUGGCUGGACCUACCUACGAGACCAUUGCUGAGUGUAAAAUGCUUCAGUUACUGGGGGCAGAUGCAGUAGGAAUGAGCACAGUACCCGAGGUGGUGGUGGCACGUCACUGUGGCCUGCGCGUCUUUGGCCUCUCCCUCAUCACCAACAAAGUGGUGUCUGACUACAACAGUGAGGAGCGCGCCAACCAUGAGGAGGUUCUUGAGACCACACGCAUGCGUACUCAAGAUCUUCAGCGCUUGGUCAGCCAUCUCAUGGAAAAGAUUUAAAGUCAUGCUUCCUGGUGCUCAAGCAACUCAAGCUAACUAAUACUAAAGCUGACAUAACCAAAAUAAUGUCUAAAAUGCCACAAUGAAAUUAAUGCACUAAUAACAGAUUUAGACAUUAUUAUUAUUAAAAUAUUAAAGAGUCAUUUAUAAUAGCAUUUUAUUUAGACAAAUACACUAGCAAUCUGACACGUAAUGAUUUUAUCCCAGCAAUAUUAAGAUUAUGUAGACAAAUAUAUUUGAAAAAUGAUAUAUCUACAGGUAACUUACAUUAAUUACUGUACAUGAUUGACACACUUUUAAUGACUCUUCACUGUGAAACCUGCACUCACUUAAAUUACCAUCUGCAGUCUACAUUAAAUAAUAAGAACACAAGCCAGGGAGGGUGUCUCUGGAGACCACAGACUGUGGGUGUUAAUUUAACAGUGGUGGAUGUGAACAGCAUGUGUUAUGUACAUGUGUUUGUGUAUAACAAGUGGCUUAUUCUGCUUUAUUUUAUAGUAUACUCACCUCGUCAUACAAAUCGUGUCAGCCAUGUCAAUCGUUAAGUAGACAUUUAUAAAGAUGCCAUUACAACUACAGUAAGCUGACUGACACUAUAUCUAUUCAAAACCCAUAGGCACAGGCAUAGUCUGUGGCAUAGUCAAACUAGGCAGUCGCCUAGGGUGCCACCAGCUUGGGGGCACCGAUGAGUGCCCCAACACUCCUGCCCCCACCCAACUCACCCACCCACAAAAAAGAGAGUACCUGGCCUGGGCAUUUGGGGCUGUAGUCUCAAAGAAUUUUUCUUUAGCCCCGAAUAAUUCAGUAGUGAAUAAUACACGUAGUGAGCAGGUUGUCACUACAUAACUGAACAUCAAUUAAAGAAGACCAAAGUGUUGUAAUUUUUCAUCUUCAGUAAAUGAAGUGUUGUAUUUUAUCUUCACUGAACGGAGGUAAGACCACUCAGACAGGGUUUACAGGAAAAUAUAUGGAAAUACUUGUGUCUUAUUGCUAACAGUUCUCAAUUCUGCCAAACGCUAGCUCGCACAGAGGGGAAAGUGGAUAUACACCAAUUUUUAUUGAUUUAUUUUUAACCAGUUAAAUGGAUUGAAACUGAAACAUUAAUAUUCUCCUCUGCUGAUGAGGAAAACAUGGUGUGUAAAUGUCUAUAUGAGUUCCAAGUUACGUGAACAGGAUAUGAGCAGAGCACAAGGACAGAUGACAUACUUUUUACUACCUGUACCAAUUUAAUUCCUGUACCAUUGAGAUGAGAAUUGUCCAAGUAGGUCCAUCAGCAAGGUUUUUACAAACAGAUUAUGAAAGUUUACUCAUUCACUUUGAGUAGUUUUCAACUCUCAUUCACAAAAUUAUGGGAACGUUAAGAGAACAUUAGGGGAAGGUCCUGAAAACCUAAAAACAUCUUUCAAUUUCCAUAAAGAAAACUUUCCAGUCUAACAAAAAACAAACCUUAAAAAUGUAUGUUCUGGGAACGGCCCUGCAUAGCCAAUAUCCAUGUAUUCAAUCCAAAUCCUCCACCUCAUUAUUCUGAAGCCAAAUAACAAAUAUACAAACAUAAGGUACUUGAUUUUUUUAGUAUUCACACAAUACAAAAAUAUAUAUUUUAUCCUAACAAACACAUUAAGGUAGUUUUGAAACACUGAGUUGUGAGUAGGUCAUAUCCAGUUAAUUACUAAAGAAGACAUUAUGUGAAUGCCUGUGAAAAAAGUAUUGAAAACAAAAGUGUCCAUAAAUUAUAUUUUACAGUAUGCUACUAAGCACAGUGAUACUAGAAUAACUAAAUAACUGCAAUGAUUUAUAAUCCCACUAUGCGAUGUCACAUGGAAGAGGAUGGAUUACUAUUUGAAUCAGUGUCCUGCCAUGGUUACUUAAUCGUGCUGUCUCUGGGAGUUUUCCUUGCUACUGUCACUACAUAUCUUUUGUGAAAAGCACUAUACAAAUAAAGUUUAAUUGAACUGAAUCAUUUUAAGGCAGAUUUGAGCAGACAGUGUUUAGACUAAACGUAUUGAUUUAAAAUGAACAAAUUACAAAGUAUUUCACACUUGUGACUGUUACUGACCAGAGAGGGUGAAGACUAACAUAUGCUUCCUCUCAAAUUCUGCUCAUUUCUUUUUUGACACUAAAUGAUCUGCUUUAGUAUUUAAUUGGAAAAUUGUGUCUGAUUUUGCGUAAUUGUAAAAAUGUAUCAGAAAUGCUCAACAUGUAUAAAGGUGCCAUGCGUUCUCAAUUUUUCUCUAUUAAAAUGUAUUAAUAUUCCAUUAAACAUAAGCACAUCAGUGUAAACAUAACUUCUAAAUAAAUAUAUGGAAAAAUUAAA